UCCGAAGCUGAAAAUUUUUGUACGGCCCCGGUCGCUCGCAGUUGCAGAGGAAAGAGAGGCGCGAAGAAGAAGAAGGAAGAGCGGAAGGAGGAGAUGGCGAGCGAGGAAGAGAGCGCGGUGAAGGAGCCUUUGGAUCUGAUCAGGCUCAGCCUCGACGAGCGCAUCUACGUCAAGCUCCGCUCCGACCGCGAGCUCCGCGGCAAGCUCCAUGCAUAUGAUCAGCAUUUGAACAUGAUACUUGGGGAUGUUGAGGAAGUCGUUACUACUGUAGAAAUUGAUGAUGAAACUUAUGAAGAGAUUGUACGGACUACAAAACGCACGGUUCCAUUUCUCUUUGUUAGAGGAGAUGGUGUCAUUUUGGUAUCUCCUCCUCUAAGGACGGCAUGAUUCUGAAGGGAAAAGCUUGGGCACCUUUUUAAGCGGCAACCCAACUGUGAUGGUUCAUCUUUAUGUUUCUGUAUUGUAGUCCUUGGCUGGCUUUCCUGGUCAUUGUUUUGGUUUUAAACUGAUCAUGCUAUGGCGGAAUGGUGGUCAAUAUAACGACAUGAUUUGAUACUUAA